CCGCCCCUGCGAGUGUUUAAAGGACAGACCAGUGAGUUCAAAAUAGGUUUGUGUUAGAAGAGCAAAUAUCCUUAGAGGCUGACGGACACCCAGUGGGUAUAGAUUAUUGUGAGCUAUGGUGCAAAACAUGUCUGAAGAAACCAAGACGCUUGAGAUGUUUCCAGCUUCUUCAAACUUCAUAUUUGAAGCUGCCCUCGCAUAAUUAAGGACCUAUUGAGAACUUGGUGGCCCUUUUCAACACAGUUUUUGAUAUUUACAGGUGUUUUGGAGUUGAUAGGUGACAAAACCCCAAAAAGUUUGAGCUUAUUGAUGAGCAGAAAUAAAUCUCUCCUCUGAUAAAAUCUACCAAGGACUCUUCUUUGUGUUUAUCUCGCCCUCCCUUCCAACUCUCGCUCCGCCUUUAAUUCCGCCAACUCCAAGAUCAGCGCGAAUCACGGAGAGGGAGAAAGACAGAGAGACCUAGUGUGAAAGAGAGAGAGGGAGCGUUAACCGCUGUCAAAGCCGAUUACAGCCUCGGCUCUGGCUCUAUACCUGUGUGCGCGCUUGAGCUUUAUUUUUUAUCCAUGCGCGACAGUAGUCCCUCUAAAGAACGGCAUCAUGGGUUUAUUCUAGAGCUUGGUGGGACCGAAGCAUCAAUUAUGAGUUUCCCUGCAGAGGCGCUUCCGUCAGCGGGGCAACUUUUCCGUGCGCCACGGCGCCACUGAGACGCUACUCGGCGGGAGAAAGUUUACCUGCGACCCGCAGCGACAUGGACUCGCGGUGAAAGCCCCGGCUUUCCCACUUUCCUCUCCUCUCGGAGCCGCUCAGGGCAAAAUGCAGAAGAGCGUCCGCUACAACGAGGGGCACGCGCUGUUUCUGUCGGUCGUCGCGCGUAAAGAGGGCACCAAGCGCGGCUACCUGUGCAAGAAGACGGCGGAGAACAGUCGGUGGCACGAGAAGUUCUUCGCUCUGUACCAGAAUGUACUGUUCUACUUCGAGAACGAGCAGAGCGCGCGCCCUGCUGGGAUUUACCUGUUGGAAGGAUGCACCUGCGAGCGCGCGCCGGCGCCCAAGAUGUCAACGACCGGGAAGGAAGCGCUGGAGAAACAGCACUACUUCCUGGUUGUGUUUGGUCACGAUGGACAGAAACCUCUGGAGCUGCGGACAGAUGAGGAGAGCGAGUGUGACGAAUGGGUGGAGGCCAUCCAGCAGGCGAGCUAUUCUGAUCUGAUUAUUGAGCGAGAAGUGUUGAUGCAGAAGUACAUCCACCUCGUACAAAUUGUGGAGACAGAGAAGGUGGCCGCCAAUCAGCUACGCACUCAGCUGGAGGACCAGGAUACUGAGAUCGAGAGGCUUAAAUCAGAGAUUGUCGCUUUGAAUAAAACCAAGGAGCGGAUGCGACCCUAUCAUGUCUACCAUGAAAAUGACGACCCAGACAUCAAAAAGAUCAAAAAGGUGCAGAGUUUCAUGCGAGGCUGGCUCUGUCGCAGGAAGUGGAAAAUCAUAGUUCAGGACUACAUUUGUUCUCCUCACGCUGAGAGCAUGAGGAAGAGGAACCAGAUUGUUUUCAACAUGGUGGAGGCAGAAACAGAGUAUGUCCACCAGCUCUACAUUCUGGUCAACUGUUUCCUCAGACCACUGCGGAUGGCUGCCAGCUCCAAAAAACCCCCCAUCAGCCACGACGACGUGAGCAGCAUCUUCCUCAACAGUGAGACCAUCAUGUUCCUGCAUGAGAUUUUCCAUCAAGGCUUGAAGGCUCGGAUAGCCAACUGGCCCACUCUGGUGCUGGCUGACUUGUUCGACAUCCUGCUGCCAAUGCUGAACAUCUACCAGGAGUUUGUGCGUAACCAUCAGUACAGCCUGCAAGUCUUAGCCAACUGCAAGCAGAACAGAGACUUUGACAAGCUGCUGAAACAGUACGAGUCUAAUGCUGCCUGUGAGGGAAGGAUGCUCGAGACAUUCCUCACGUAUCCCAUGUUCCAGAUUCCUCGUUACAUCAUAACCCUGCAUGAAUUACUGGCUCACACACCUCAUGAGCACGUGGAGCGCAAGAGUCUGGAAUUUGCCAAAUCUAAAUUAGAAGAAUUGUCCAGGGUAAUGCACGAUGAGGUGAGCGACACGGAAAACAUCAGGAAGAAUCUGGCCAUAGAGAGGAUGAUUGUUGAAGGCUGUGACAUCCUGCUGGACACCAGCCAGACCUUCGUCAGGCAGGGCUCUCUGAUCCAGCUGCCAUCGGUGGAGCGAGGGAAACUGAGCAAGGUCCGUUUGGGCUCUCUGUCGCUGAAGAAGGAGGGAGAAAGACAAUGUUUCCUCUUCACCAAACACUUCCUCGUCUGCACUCGCAGCUCUGGGGGAAAGCUGCACCUGCUGAAGCAAGGGGGUGUUUUGUCCCUGAUUGAGUGCACACUGAUAGAGGAACCAGACGCCAGUGACGAUGACUCUAAAGUUGGCGGUCAGGUGUUUGGUCAGCUUGACUUUAAGCUGGUAGUGGAGCCAUCAGACUCACCUCCGUUCACCGUGGUCCUACUGGCACCAUCACGACAGGAGAAGGCUGCUUGGACCAGUGAUAUUAGCCAGUGCAUCGAUAACAUCCGCUGUAAUGGCUUGAUGACCAGCGUAUUUGAGGAAAACUCCAAAGUCACCGUGCCUCACAUGAUCAAAUCCGAUGUGCGCCUCCAUAAAGAUGAUGUUGACAUUUGCUUCAGCAAGACGCUCAACUCCUGCAAGGUCCCCCAGAUCCGGUAUGCCAGCGUGGAGCGGCUGCUGGAGAGGCUGACCGACCUGCGCUUCCUCUCCAUUGACUUCCUCAACACCUUCCUGCACACAUACAGGAUCUUCACGGCGGCGUCUGUCGUCAUGGACAAACUGGCUGACAUCUACAAGAAACCCUUCUCGUCUAUUCCAAUCAGGGUCCAGUACCACACAUUUGACCGUCUGCCCAUCUCAUCCAUGUGUCCCGACUACGGUCUGAAGAUGAUGAAGAUAGCCGUGGAUCAGUCCAAGUCCUUGGAGCUGUUUUUUGCCACCAAUCAGAACAAUCGAGGCAGUGAUAACAUGAAUGACAGAUCCCCUCGCCUCUGCCGCAAGUUCUCCUCUCCUCCCCCGUUAUCAGUCUCAUCCCGCACCUCCUCGCCUGUCCGAACCCGAAAGCUUUCUCUUCACUCCCCCAUCACCGCCAGGGUUGGAGGCCUGGACCUGACAUCUCCAGUGUCCAACUCCAGCAUCAACCACAACACUUCCCAGUCUGCUGCCAGCAGCCCCACCUCUGCCCACACGCCUCAAACACCAACACCCCAGACCCCGACUCCGACUGCUACCUCUCCUCCUCCUCCUCUUGCCUCCUCCACCUCUCCUCCUCCCAACAAUUCCAAAUCGCCACAGGAUCAAGCUCCUCUGACUCCCUCCUCACCCGAUCAGAGUCCUUGUCCAACAGCAGAGGGAGAUGAGAUGCCGAAGAUCGACCCCUUCUGUGGGAAGCUGAGACGAAGCAUUCGGAGAACUGUGCUGGAAUCUGUGUCAUUGGAGAAAAUCAUCCCGGAGUCUCCGCAGAGCAGUGACGCCGGAGACGUGUCUCCGUGUCGUUCUCCAUCCACGCCUCGACACCUCCGCUACAGACAGCCUGGAGUCCAGUCUGGAGAGAACUCCCGCUGUUCAGUUUCUCCUGCAUCAGCUUUUGCUAUUGCAACUGCAGCAGCAGGACACGGUACUCCACCAGCUUUUACCAACUCUGAGAGAACCUGUGAUAAAGAGUUCAUCAUCCGCAGAGCUGCGACUAACAGAGUCCUCAACGUGCUGCGUCACUGGGUCUCCAAACACUCACAGGACUUUGAGAUGAACGGGGAGCUGAAGAUGUCUGUUGUCUAUCUCCUGGAGGAAGUGCUCAGAGAUCCAGACCUCCUGCCCCAGGAGAGAAAAGCUACUGCCAACAUAUUAAGUGCCCUUUCUCAAGAUGAGCAGGACGACGCGCAGCUAAGAAUAGAAGACAUCUUACAGAUGGCAGACUGUCCGAAGGCGGAGUGUUUUGAGUCUCUGUCUGCGAUGGAGCUGGCUGAGCAGAUCACUCUGCUGGAUCACAUCGUCUUCAGGAGCAUUCCUUAUGAAGAGUUCCUGGGCCAGGGCUGGAUGAAGGUGGAUAAAACCGAAAGGACGCCUUACAUCAUGAAAACAAGCCAACACUUCAAUGACAUGAGUAACCUGGUGGCGUCCCAGAUUAUGAGCCACACCGACGUGGGCUCAAGGGCCAGCUCCAUUGAGAAGUGGGUGGCUGUGGCAGACAUCUGUCGCUGCCUGAACAACUACAACGGAGUGCUGGAGAUCACAUCGGCACUCAACCGCAGCGCCAUCUACCGUCUAAAGAAGACAUGGGCUAAAGUCAGCAAACAAACUAAAGCUCUGAUGGACAAACUGCAGAAGACCAUUUCCUCUGAGGGAAGAUUUAAAAAUCUGAGGGAGACGCUGAAAAACUGCAACCCUCCAUGUGUGCCGUACCUGGGGAUGUAUCUGACCGACUUGGCCUUCAUUGAAGAAGGAACUCCAAAUUUUACUGAAGAGGGUCUUGUUAACUUCUCUAAAAUGAGGAUGAUUUCGCACAUCAUCCGAGAGAUCCGACAGUUCCAGCAAACACCUUACAGAAUAGAGCACCAAGCGAAGGUGACUCAGUACCUCCUGGACAAGACUCUGACCAUGGAUGAGGACACUCUUUACGAUCUCUCACUGAAGAUCGAGCCCAGGCUUCCCGCCUGAAUCAGAGCUGCUUGUGCUCUGUAGGAGCCUGCCAAACCUCCGAGGGUGACACACCCACGCCGUCUCAUCAGUCGAUAGAGAGAAUUCAAGAGAGAGAGAGAGGCUUUGAGAAACAGAAAGCGGUGUAAAAUGAGAAACCUUUACAGGAUGCUGAAGCAGCGAAAGAAGAGAGCUUGAAAGUUGAAGGACUGGGUGUUUUCAAGCGGAACAGGAUGAGAGCUCGCUGGAUGUCUAUCCUGAAAGACUUUGAGGAAAUUACUUGUUGCUGUUUGUGCUCGUCGUUCCUCAGUGAAGCGCGCGGUGCGCAUUACAUCACUCUUCCUCAGACAGCGUGAGAGAGCAGAGAAGGAAGAGGGCUCAGAGAAAGUGGAUGUGAGUCGGUGAAAAUAUCAGAGAUGUAGCAGUUACAGGAAGUGUGGCAGAGAGAUGUCAGAGCUCGUGUGUGUGUGUGUGUGUUUGUUCUUGCCCCCCCCCCCCCCCCCCCCCCUUCCCCAAUGAUUUGACUCACUGGUGUCAGCUUGCAUGAUUUCAGCUCAGGCUGUAACUGUCUGCACAUCCUUAAUUCUUGACCCAUGACCUUUAAGUGUUUCCUGCAUCGCUCUAAGCAGGGUGACCCUUUUAGCUACUAUGCAUCCCCAAUGGGCCAGGUCUGAUGAAGCGCUAGUGUUCUUUAAACACGACGCUGAAAAAAAAAACCCAAAACAAAACAAGAACUAAACUCAAAUUUAGAUUUAACUGACAAAAAUGUUGGAUUCCCCCCAGUCAGGAUUUGUAUUCUAUAGUUUUUUCUUUAGUCAGAUGUUAGCUUCAGGCUUCUGCUGAUGAAAAAGUAUUUUUUUAACCACCGUCCACACGAAUGAUAUCAAAUUUGAAUAUAUGUCCAGUGCCUUCCACUAGUGUAGGUCAGUUUCCCAUGAUUGACUAAUUUGCAUAUUGUUUAACUUUUAAAAAAAACUCCUCCAAAAGAAAUUUUUGUUUGCUUUCCCCCCAGAAAAUGAAUGGUGCACUGACUGGUACUGUAGCAUGUUGGUGUAAACUAGUGAAUGCAAUGUUGAAACACGAGCAAACAUCUCCCUCUGCUGUUUCAAUGUGGUAAAAACCCAAAGCUUUAGCAGCAUUUGUGUGCAGUUUGAUUGUUUUGGCUUCUGUAAACUGUCAGCUGCAUGGACGUAAUUUUUUUUGUGGGGGGGAGACAUGCCCCCCCCCCCCCCCUUCCAAAGUCAAGUUUUGAGCCCUGCACUUUUUACCAUCCAAAAACAAUAUUACGCUAUAUUAAAUUGACACUGGUUGAGCUCUAGGACCAAGCGGAAAACAACAGUUUGUGUUGAAGCCGGUUUCCCAUUAGAGCAUACUGUAAAGAUACCCCCCCCC